UCAUGUUUCCAUGACUACGACCUGAGAUGAAAUGAUUAAUUUAGGGACAUUUUCUCGCCCAUCUGCCUCUGUGUGUUCAGAGAGAGGAAGGGGGGGGGGGCUGCUUUAUGCUAACAGGGUUUCUGCUUACAGACCAUCAAGACAGCGUACUACCAACCCAUACCAUUACUCUAACCAGUACCCUUACACUAACCAGUACCAUUACUCUAACCAGUACCAUUACUCUAACCAGUGCCAUUACACUCACCAGUACCAUUACACUCACCAGUACCAUUACACUCUACAGUACCAUUACACUCACCAGUACCAUUACACUCUCCAGUACCAUUAUACUAACCAGUACCAUUAUAAUAACGGGACCAUUAUACUAACCAGUAGCAUUAUACUAACCAGGACCAUUUCCACUAACCAGGUCAAUUUCCAAUAACCAGUACCAUUAUACUCACCAGUACCAUUAUAAUAAUGGGACCAUUAUACUAACAAUUAGCAUUAUACUAACCAGGCCCAUUUCCACUAACCAGUACCAUUAUACUCACCAGUACCAUUAUAAUAAUGGGACCAUUAUACUAACCAGUAGCAUUAUACUAACAAUUAGCAUUAUACUAACCAGGACCAUUUCCACUAACCAGUACCAUUAUACUCACCAGUACCAUUAUAAUAAUGGGACCAUUAUACUAACCAGUACCAUUAUACUAACCAGUAGCAUUAUACUAACCAGGACCAUUUCCACUAACCAGUACCGUUACACUAACCAGUACCAUUAUACUCACCAGUACCAUUAUACCAACCAGUACCAUUACACUAACCAGUACCAUUAUAUUAACGGGACCAUUAUACUAACCAGGACAAUUUCCACUAACCAGGACCAUUAUAAUAACGGGACCAUUAUACUGACCAGUAGCAUUAUACUCACCAGUACCAUGUAUACUAACCAGGACCAUCGUUACAUCCAUCUUGUUGUUAUUUCUGCAUACAUUCAACGCAUUCAUGAAGACUAACCUGGAAUCAGCUUCAUACCGCUGUGGUGACAUAAGCUGCUGUGAAGACGCUGGGUGAGCAUCCUCACACACACACACACACCAGAAAAUAAAGACAGACAGGAGGGGGGAGGAGGAGGAAGAGCAGGAAGAAGCAUAUACAACAGACUGUGAGCGGAUAGCCUUGAGAUAGCCUGCUUAGCAGAUAGACUGGUUACAGAUAGCCUGGGUACAGAUAGACUGGGUACAGACAGACUGGGAACAGAUAGACUGCUUAGUAGAUAGCCUGGUUACAGAUAGCCUGGGUAAAUAUAGACUGGGUACAGAUAGCCUGGGUAAAUAUAGACUGGGUAAAGAUAGCCUGGUUACAGAUAGCCUGGGUAAAUAUAGACUGGGUACAGAUAGCCUGAGUAAAUAUAGACUGGGUAAAGAUAGCCUGGUUACAGAUAGCCUGGGUAAAUAUAGACUGGGUACAGAUAGCCUGGUGGAGGUGACGGAGGAUGGAGUCGGAGGAGAGCCUGCUGAAUGUGUUCGUGCUGCUGCUGUUUGGAUCUCUGCUCACCGUGGUGGGACCCUCAGCCCCGGAGGAGGGCUGGCAGGUGUACAGCUCAGCUCAGGACCCUGAUGGCCGAUGUGUGUGUACUGUGGUCGCUCCCCAGAACACCGUCUGCUCCCGGGACGCCCGGACCAAGCAGCUGCGCCUCCUGCUGGACAAGGUUCAGAAUAUGAGUCAGUCCAUUGAGGUUCUGGACCGGCGGACUCAGAGAGAUCUGCAGUUUGUGGAGAAAAUGGAGGUUCAGCUGAAGGGUCUGGAAACCAAAUUCCAACAGGUGGAGGACGGACACGAGAGCAACUGGGCCAAACAGUACCAGUCCAUCAAAGCUAAGAUGGAGGAGUUACGUCCCCUCAUCCCGGUCCUAGAAGCCUACAAGGCGGACGCUCUGCUGGUGCGACAGUUUAAGGAGGAGGCGGCGAACGUGACGGAGCUGCUGGGAUCACUGCAGGAGCAGCUGGGAGGUGUUGACUACCAGGAAGUCCACAGCCGAGUCCUGGACCUGGAGGAGCGGCUGAGGGCCUGCAUGCAGAGGCUGGCCUGCGGGAAGCUGACAGGAAUUUCUGAGCCGGUCACAAUCAAGACGUCUGGAUCCAGGUUCGGAUCGUGGAUGACUGACCCGCUGGCUGCAGCUGGAGACAACAGAGUGUGGUACAUGGACGGUUAUCACAACAACCGCUUCGUCCGGGAGUACCCCUCGAUGUACGACUUCAUGACGACGGAUAACUUCACGUCGCACCGCCUGCCUCACCCGUGGUCAGGCACCGGCCAGGUGGUGUACAAUGGCUCCAUCUACUUCAACAAGUUCCAGAGUCACACCAUCAUCAAGUUUGACUUCAGCACGUCGCUCAUCAGCCGCUCCCGGCAGCUUGACUUUGCCGGCUACAACAACAUGUACCAUUAUGCCUGGGGGGGGCACUCUGACAUCGACCUCAUGGUGGAUGAAGGGGGGCUCUGGGCCGUCUACGCCACUAACCAGAACGCCGGAAACAUCGUCCUCAGCCAGUUGAACCCAAACACUCUGCAGAUCGUCCGCAGCUGGACCACCAACCAUCCUAAACGCAGCGCCGGGGAGGCCUUCAUGAUCUGCGGGAUGCUGUACGUCACUAACGGGUAUUCAGGAGGAACCAAAGUGUACUACGCCUACUCCACCAACUCCUCCACCUACGAGUACAUCGACAUUCCUCUGACAAACAAAUACAGUCAUCUGUCCAUGCUGGACUACAACCCGCGAGACAGAGCACUGUACGCCUGGAACAACGGCCAUCAAGUCCUUUACAAUGUCACACUGCACCACAUCAUACAGUAACCACAAUAACACAGGAACACAUCUGUUACGUUCCCUCAUAAACUAGGGGUACGAAGGGAAGUAACAAAAUGUAAAAAUAACCGGGAGGGAAAUAAGAGAGAGGAAACUGAGUUGGCAAAAUGUGUAGAUAAUGUUUAAUUGUAGAAAGAAAGAAAGAAAGAAGAGGGUUCACCAGCCAAUUCACAGUAACACACACAGGCCCACAUCAUACAGUAACUAACACAGGAACACAUCAUACGGUAACUAACACAGGACCACAUCAUACGGUAACUAACACAGGAACACAUCAUACGGUAACUAACACAGGAACACAUCAUACAGUAACUAACACAGGACCACAUCAUACGGUAACUAACACAGGAACACAUCAUACUGUAACUAACACAGGACCACAUCAUACGGUAACUAACACAGGAACACAUCAUACAGUAACUAACACAGGAACACAUCAUACAGUAACUAACACAGGGACACAUCAUACUGUAACUAACACAGGAACACAUCAUACUGUAACUAACACAGGAACACAUCAUACUGUAACUAACACAGGAACACAUCACACAGUAACUAACACAGGAACACAUCACACGGUAACUAACACAGGAACACAUCAUACAGUAACUAACAUAGGAACACAUCAUACAGUAACUAACACAGGAACACAUCAUACUGUAACUAACACAGGAACACAUCAUACAGUAACUAACACAGGAACACAUCAUACUGUAACUAACACAGGAACACAUCAUACGGUAACUAACACAGGAACACAUCAUACGGUAACUAACACAGGAACACAUCAUACGGUAACUAACACAGGAACACAUCAUACUGUAACUAACACAGGAACACAUCAUACGGUAACUAACACAGGAACACAUCAUACAGUAACUAACACAGGAACACAUCAUACGGUAACUAACACAGGAACACAUCAUACGGUAACUAACACAGGAACACAUCAUACGGUAACUAACACAGGAACACAUCAUACGGUAACUAACACAGGAACACAUCAUACAGUAACUAACACAGGAACACAUCAUACAGUAACUAACACAGGAACACAUCAUACAGUAACUAACACAGGAACACAUCACACGGUAACUAACACAGGAACACAUACUGUAACUAACACAGGAACACAUCAUACAGUAACUAACACAGGAACACAUCAUACAGUAACUAACACAGGAACACAUACUGUAACUAACACAGGAACACAUCAUACAGUAACUAACACAGGAACACAUCAUACAGUAACUAACACAGGAACACAUCAUACAGUAACUAACACAGGAACACAUCAUACAGUAACUAACACAGGAACACAUACAGUAACUAACACAGGAACACAUCAUACAGUAACUAACACAGGAACACAUCAUACAGUAACUAACACAGGAACACAUACUGUAACUAACACAGGAACACAUCAUACGGUAACUAACACAGGAACACAUCAUACGGUAACUAACACAGGAACACAUCAUACGGUAACUAACACAGGAACACAUCAUACGGUAACUAACACAGGAACACAUCACACAGUAACUAACACAGGAACACAUCACACAGUAACUAACACAGGAACACAUCAUACGGUAACUAACACAGGAACACAUCAUACGGUAACUAACACAGGAACACAUCAUACGGUAA